UAGGAAAUAAAUCUUCUGAAAACCCUAAGAUUAAAAACUAUUGCUCCUCUUAUAUAAAUAUACACCUCUCCCAAUUCUAAAACAUAACCUUAAUUAAAUCAUUUGCUCCGCCUCCGAUUUCUCUUUUGCCCUUGCAGCAACCAAAGGACAUGACGACGGCGUUCGAGAAAGGUCCCCACUAAUCUCGAGACGAGGUAUUUCGUGUUUUACUCGGAAAAAGUGGGUGAGCUUUGUCUUAUUUAUUCCGUCAAUGUCGUUCCCGGAGAAGAAGAGGAAGACGGCCACAAAGAAGCCGUUACUUAAGCCCUCGCUCACGUUGCAAUCAACCCCAAAUCCUCCACUUCCCCUUCCCGAUGAUUUGCUAUUGAGCUGCUUCGCCCGCGUCUCAAGAUUGUACUACCCAACUCUCUCCCUCGUCUCUAAAAGCUUACGAUCUCUCAUUACUUCACCAGAACUUUACAAGACUCGAUCAGUCCUUAACCGUACUGAGAGUUGUCUCUAUGUCUGCUUAAAGCUCCCAUCUGAUGAUAACCCUCGCUGGUUCACUCUCUGUCGGAAGCCAAAUCAGUCAAGAAAGAAAAAGAAGAAGACAAGUGGUAAUAUUUUGGUUCCAGUCCUAUUUCCCCAAUCUUCUCCUCCUACGCACGCGGCGAGUUUCGUCGCUGUUGGUUCUGAUAUCUACGAAAUUGGUGGUCUCAUCAACGACGUACCUUCCUCUAACGUCUCGGUCUUGGAUUGUCAUUCUCUUUCAAGAAACCAAGCUCCAAACAUGUCGAUGGCCAUGGAAAAUCCCGCAGCCUAUGCUAUUGAUGGAAAGUUAUGUGUUGUGGAAGGCUCCAACUAUAAAGAUUUUUUCGAUCCGGAAACCCAAACUUGGAAGCCUGAGAACCGACCUCCUUUUUCUUUAGCCCCGCCAGAGGAAUAUUUACGUGAAUAUCGAGGACGAAAUCUAUGGAUUCGUCGGCAUGGGACAUCGUUUUGUGGUUGCAUGAUAGAUAACGUGUAUUGGUGUUAUAAAGACGGACAGUUCGAAUGGUAUGACGCUUUUAAAAGUGAAUGUAGAAUCUUGAAGGGUAUGGAAGGACAACUGCCUAAGUUGACUAGAUCUUGUGAUGUUCAAUUGGCGGAUUAUGGUGGAAAGAUGGCGGUUUUAUGGCACAAGCAUGAUCGUUCUAGCAAUGAUAAGGGAAGGGUUAUAUGGUGUGCAGAGAUUGCGCUUGAAAGGCGUAGUAGUGAAGAAAUUUGGGGGAAGGUCGAGUGGUUUGAUCAUGUGCUUAAAGUCCCCAAGUUGUUUAGGUUCGUGUGUGUUCUUGAUCCUACUCUUUGAUGAAUGGCAACUGAAACAUGUGUUGGAAUCAAUCACUCAUCGGUAAAGUAUCAUUAUGUUUUCAAUGUGAUGUAUGAAUUGUCUCGUGUUUAGCUUGGUUUUAUAUUUGUAAACUUGUAGUCGCAUUUUGAACUUUAUUGACAUUUUUAAUGCUUAGCUUUAUGUUGUGACAA